AUGCACUUCCACCCCGUCGCGUCCUCCUACAAGGCCCUCGACGUGCACGCCUUCGCCCACCGCAACCUCUUCGACUCCCACCCCGACGACCUCGGCCCCGUCCUCGUCACCGACCACCAGUACCCGUCCAUGGAGCCCCACGUCUGGUCCGGCUCCCACCCCCACCACCUCCCCACCCCGCCUGGCUCGCGCGGCUCCCUCCUCUCCGAACUCUUCGACCACGACAUCCCCGAGCACUCUGCCCCCCACGACUCCUACCUCGAUCACCGCCACCAGCAGUCUGCCGAGCCCGGCUUCCACGGAGGCAACUGGUCCGGCCUCUCCCAGUCCAACGGCGGCCCGCACCACUCCAUGCACCCCAUGCGCCACCCGCACGACGUCGCCAUGACACGCCGCGCGACCUUCCCCUACGUCCGCCACGAUCGCGGCGAGCCCGUCCCCUACGGCACCCCGCCCUACAUGGGCAGCGACCACGACUCGGUGAGCUCUUUCGGCUCCCGCCCGAGCACCAUGUACUCCGAGCCGCUCUCCCUCGACGGCUCCCCCCACAUGCCCAUGUGCGAGCCCAUGCACCACCUCGACGAGCCCUUCGCGCACCAGGUGCCGAUGAACGGCUCCCCGCACCCGCCCUACCACGACUUCCACCACCCGCUCGACGGCAUCAAGUCCGAGGACACCCCCGUCAUCGUCCCCUCCCAGAACGCGUGGAGUCGUCCGUCGUCCGCCGGCAUGCCCCAGCUCCCCUGCCUCUCCCCGCACGCGGGGCUCAUGGUCCAGCACACGGACGACGCGGCGUCCAAGGAGACCCACUGGCGCCGGUCGACGCUCAACCCGGGCAAGAUCGUCUGCAACAAGUGCGGCCUCUACGAGCGCACGCACCUGCGCCCGCGCCCGCUCCGCUUCGACGAGCUCCGCGCGGGGAGCAAGACGCGCAAGCAGCCCAAGGGUGCCGCGGGCUCGCCGAAGGUGGCCAAGGCGUCGCCGCAGGCGAUCAAGAAGGAGCCGUCGGAGAUGGACAACGUCAUGCCCCGCCGGUCCUCCGUCUCGUCGUCCGCGUCCUCCGUGCACUCCGCGAGCAGCGACUGGGACGAGUCUGUGUCUGUGUACUCUGGAUCGUCGAACCCGCCCUCCUCCUUCAACUCGCCCGCAGCCCCCACGUUCCCGAUCCCCCGUGACCCCAACUCGCAAUCCCCUCCUUUGGCUCCCUUCGAGGGCGGCAUCCGGCUGCCCAACGCGCCGCUGUCCGACAUCGCGUCGUUGUCCUCCGGCCCGACGCCGCCCACGCCGCGCAAAGCCGCGUCGAUGCCCAUUCCUUAUUACUCCUCGUCGCCGGCCGCGCAGCAGCCCCAGCAAAGUGACUAUUUUGUACGCAGAGGCUCCGUGCCCGCGCGGAACGUGGAGAGCCCACGGCCGGAGGUCACGGGCUGGCAGCAGGUGCCCAUGAGCGAGAUGGCGCCCGUCAAGAGCGCGCAGUCGUCGCCAGCGCCCGCGGCCAAGCCCAUCCUCGCCGCAUAG